UUGAAAAAGAAAAACUGAAUCUUUGUAGCGUGUGUCGUUCUUACUCUGCAAAACUUUGAAAUAUACACUCCGACAGUGAAGGAAGCGCUGCGCAUUUUCGAGCACUAUCACUCUUACCAUAACUAAAACAUUUCGCAUACCAAAAUAAUGGACGAUGACGAAUUGGCAAAACGCGUGGCUCAAUUAAAGGGCGAAAAUAAAGUACAAGAAACGUAUGACUAUCAUUCCUUACAAUUAUACUAGUUUAGUGCUACAGCGGGCCUAACUUGAUUAGUGAUGAAGAACUUGCACAGCGGUUUGAAAAGGUGUUUCCAUUGCAACCUACUACUGGCAUUAGCAUUGACAAAGGUAACAGCAGCAACAAGUAUACUGUUCCAACAGAUGCAGAUAUGGACGAGGUUGAGAAGCUUUUGCAGGAAGUCGACCUAUUAAACAGCGACGAUGAGGACGAUGGCAAUUACGGUGUUGACUGUGAUGAUCGAAUAAAGUCUGUACAAAAGGCUUUUCUCAGAGGAGAAGAUGAAGUAGCAAUGUAUGAUGAAAGUAACGAGCUACUCAAACAAGUUCAGGAUCAAGUAACGGUGGAGAAGAAAUAUGCACAUUUGGAUAAACAACGUGAUCUCGACUUGGAGCAGCGAUAUCUUGCCUUUAAACAAGACCGACCAUUGUUUAGUACGGCAACACCCUCCUCAUCACCUGCUUCCUCUUCAACGUCACCACUAACUGCCACGACAACCGGUGCAAAACUGCCUGGCCCACCACCGAAGCCUAUCCAAGACGAUGAAUUUCAUGAUGAAAUGGACGACUGGUGCGUUAUCUGCAACGAAGACGCCACCAUUGAAUGCAAAGGGUGCGAGAAUGACAGAUUUUGCGAUCGCUGUUUCUACGACGGACACAAGAGUGAAUUGGCUGAUUAUGAAGCCAUGAAACACAAGUGGCGACGAAUAACAACAUAGUUACUAACUAGUGGUAAUACGUAUUAUAGCAUUAUUUUACAAAAUAAAAUAAGAAAUA